UAUCUCUCGGCGCCAUCUUGAAGUAAAGUGAGCUCGAGCAUAUGAUCUUUGUUGUUAGAUCUCUGUUUAAUUUUUGAAUAAAUAACAUUCCCCUCGAACUUCUUACUAAGAACUGUGUAAUUUCGCUAAACCUCUAUCCAAGUAAACAAUGGCACGUACCAAGCAGACCGCGCGUAAAUCCACGGGAGGAAAAGCUCCCCGUAAGCAGUUGGCCACAAAAGCAGCGCGAAAAUCGGCGCCAAGCACUGGUGGCGUAAAGAAGCCCCAUCGUUAUCGUCCUGGUACAGUGGCGCUCAGAGAAAUCCGUCGUUACCAGAAGUCCACCGAGUUGCUCAUCCGUAAGCUGCCAUUCCAGCGCCUGGUGAGAGAAAUUGCUCAAGAUUUCAAGACCGACCUUCGGUUCCAGUCUGCCGCCAUUGGCGCUCUGCAGGAAGCAAGUGAGGCUUACCUCGUGGGCCUGUUUGAAGACACCAACUUGUGUGCCAUCCAUGCCAAGCGUGUAACCAUCAUGCCUAAAGACAUCCAGCUGGCAAGACGAAUCCGUGGAGAACGCGCUUAAAUUAGCUUUAGUUGUAACUUUAAUCAUAAAUUAUUUGUAAUCCGAAUAGACAAAUUCUAUCUCUUCUUUUCGUCUCGCGUUUAAUUCAUUAACGUCUUAUAAUUAAUCAUUAGUGUAAGGUGGUAUCAGAACUGAUUUUUUUUAUAUUUUCUUAUUCUGUAAGUUAUGUGGUUAAACUAUGUUGUGUGUGCAAGAUCUCAAACUUUGA